CUGAAGGUGAAGAACGAGAUGGUCCGUCCCAUUUGUCUUUCUUUGCUCCCUUUGUUACGUCUUUGAAUUCUCUGGAAGCGACCAAAAGUUUACGGCGAUGCAAGGAAACUUCUAUUUGCACCCAUCACCAAAGAAAAGAAUUUAUAUCCAUAUAGCCCAAAAGCAACUUCUGCUCUCGGGUUCUUUGUCUCCCUAUCUUUCUCUCCUUCGGCUCGUAGUUUCAUCUUGUCCUCGGAUCUCCAUGGCUUUGGGUUAGAUGAUUUCUCUUGUUUCCGUGAGUCGGGUUAUGGAAGAAGAGAGACCGAUAGGUGUUGCAGGGAGGAGCGACGUUGAUGGCGGCCUCGGUCUGGGUUGCUCCCACAGGGUGAUCAUCACCGGUUUCUACUGCUGGGGUUGGGAGUUCUUGACCGCUCUCCUCGUCUUCGCGUUUUGAUCCUUCUGAAACCCAACCAAAUAGUGCACCGGUCGAUCGCUCUUCCUGUAGUUUUCUUGUUGUUCUCAUAGGAAAGGAGUCCACGAGUCUUAAGGUGGUUUAGUUCUUGAAAGAGGUAGGCAUGAUGACGAAGAGGAACAACUGUGGCAGCCGCGGCGGCGGCGGGCCGGCGCCGUUCCUGGUGAAGACGCACCAGAUGGUGGAGGACAACGUGACGGACGACGUGAUAUCGUGGGGAAAGACCGGCACGUCCUUCGUGGUGUGGAAGCCGGUGGAGUUCGCCAGAGACCUCCUCCCCGUCCACUUCAAGCACAACAACUUCUCCAGUUUCGUCCGCCAGCUUAACACCUACGGAUUUCACAAAGUGGUGCCGGAUCGGUGGGAGUUCGCGAAUGACAACUUCCGGCAAGGGGAGCAAAGGCUCCUCUGCAAGAUCCGCCGGAGAAAGGCAGCUCUGCCACAAGUUCCUUCCGCUGGAAAAGCCAGCGCAGACAGAAACAACCGUCCUCCUCCUUCCCCUCUGUCUAAUUCCGGGGAAGCUCACAGUUCUUCCACUGCAUCCCUGCUGCCACCCUCUGAGCAUCUUCUGGAACUCACACACGAGAACGAGAAACUGAGGAUGGACAACCAAAUCCUCAGUACCGAGCUAGCUCAGGCCAAGCGCCAGUACCGGGAGCUCCUAGCCUCCCUCUCCAACUUCGUGGAUGUCAGUCAGCCCAACCUCAGUGUUCUGAUGCAGGAAAAAUCCGCAUUAAGCGUAGGAAACGGAUCAGAAACAGAAACCAAGAAGAAGGAAGCGGAAGAGGAGACGAUGGAUAACGAAGAAGAAGGUCUGAAGCUUUUUGGCGUGCUGCUGAAGGGUUUAGGGGGAGAGGGGAGCGACAAGAGUCGGAGGCUAAAGAGAGGCAGGUGCGACGAGACCGCCGAUGGGUGUAGCGUCGGCGAGCGGCCCAUGAAGAUGGGUUUUGGCUGGCCAUGGUGGGGGAUGUCGAGCACAGUCCAGCAUGGGAGCAGCAGGGUCUGCAAUUGAACUCGUUGUUGUGUCUUAUGCAGUAAGCAAAGUGUCUAUAGCUUUCAAUAGAUAAUAAGGAUACGGCUGUAUGAUGCCAAUGUAAAGUAGCUAAGAAAGAGCUCAAGCAAUUCCGUGCAGAACAGUAUUAGUGUAUGCAUCUAAAAUGGUUGAAAUGGACACCACAAAAGUGUUUUGCCA